AUGGAUUUCAGCAGUUUCUUUGAUAGUGAGGGUGAAGACUCAUUUGGGAGUGCCUCUGAUGAUGGUCGCGGACGUUAUAGUGCGAGUGAUGAUGACUAUGAUGACGACGAGAACCUCGAGUGCAAUGAGGCCCACGAAGGCGGGGAAAAUAGUGAAGGCGGGGCCGAUGAUCGUAAUGGGACGGGUGAUGCAGAUGAUGCAUCAGAGGGUGGUCUCCGCCAGCCGGUCGGGGCGAAUGACUUCUUGGGAAAAGAGUUUGCAACGGAGGAGGAUGCCUAUGCUGCCUACAAGGAAUUUGCUAAAAUAAGGGGUUUUGGAGUACGGAAGGGAGAUGUGGCUCGUGUGGAUGGGGUGUUGAUUAGGCGAGAUUUUUUCUGCCAUCGACAAGGUACAAGACAUGCUAAGCACUACGACCGUCCUGAGCGAGUAAGGGAGGAGAGGUUGGAGAGUCGCACAGACUGUAAGGCCAAGUUGAAGAUUUACUAUGAUAUGCAGCAUAGUGUAUGGAGGGUCAGGACCAUCGUCGACGAACACAACCACGAGCUUGCUCCAGCAGUGUUCGCACGUCUCCUUCCUAGUCAUCGGAAGAUGAGUGACGGUGACAAGGCACAGGUGGAUAGUUUCAAGCAGUUUGGGAUCCCCACGUCGAAGAUAAUGGCUUACAUGGCGGGACAGUCUGGUGGGUAUGGCAUGCUCCGAUUUACGAAACGGGAUCUGUAUAAUUAUGUCCAUGGGCAAAGGGUUGCGCGAAUAUGCGACGGCGACGCUGCGGCGACUAUCAGUUACUUGGAGGGAAAGGCAAAUGCUGACAUGAGGACGGUGGCCCGAUACACACGGACGUCGGACAAUCGUCUGGGUAGCCUAAUCUGGGCUGACGGUGAGAUGAUGAUGGAUUAUCAGCUAUUUGGUGACGUGUUGGCUUUUGAUUCGACGUACCGAUCUAACAAUUAUAGGAAACCAUUGGUGGUUUUCUCUGGGACAAAUCACCACAAACAGACUUCGAUAUUUGGGUUCGCGUUGCUGGAGGAUGAAGAGGUCCGCGCUUAUAGGUGGGUGUUAAUGAACCUGCUCGAUGUCAUGGGGCAGAAGAUGCCUUGUGUAGUGGUUACCAACGGAGACAAGGCGAUGCGCUCUGCAAUUGCGGAGGUGAUGCCGACGGUGACACAUAGACUCUGUGGUUGGCACCUGGAGAAGAAUUGCGUGCAACGGGUGAAAGAAGCAGAAUUUCGCAAGGUGUUUCGGAAAGCGAUUUAUGCAAACUUUGAAAUCUGCGAGUUUGAGGAGUAUUGGAAGGCAUCGGUCGAGUCGCUUGGCCUACAUGAUAACACUUGGGUUAAGUCCACGUAUGAAAGUAGACAUAGUUGGGCAACAGCGUACCUUAGGGGAACUUUUUGUGCGGGAUAUAGAACGACCUCUAGAUGUGAAGGGAUAAAUGCUUUCAUUAAGGGUUUCCUUAAAUCAACCGAUAGCAUUUUGGAACUUGUGCAUAGUUUGGAUCGGGUUGUAAAGAACUACCGGAAUAAUGAAAUAACAGCCCAAUUCUACUCCACGUACUACAGUCCAGUGCUGACCACCAGCCUUGAUUCGAUCGAGCGGUUUGCAUCGAAGGUGUAUACAAGAGCAGUGUUUAGAGAAGUGAAGAAACAAAUCAAGGCUGUGGCCACGCUAUUGUUUCGGGGGAAGGAUAGCAUCAGCACGACAACUGUGUACACAUUCUCGCGGAUGGGGAAACCCAACAGAAAACACAAGGUAUUGUUUGACCCGAACGAGGAAAAAAUAGAGUGUGAGUGUUCCAUGUGGAACAGUGAAGGGAUUCCAUGUAGCCAUAUCUUCUGUGCGAUGAAGUACGAGGGUUUGGAAGAAAUCCCGCCCGGUCUUAUUCUAAGAAGAUGGUGCAAGGAUGCGAAGGAUUGUAGAUCCACCCAGGUUGAUAAUAAAGACGGCCCUGAAGGCCGCUUGCUGCGAUACGGUGCCCUUUUUGGGGCAAUGAGUUUAGUUGCGCAACUUGGGGCCGAAGAUGCUGCAGAGUUUGUUGUGGCUAGGGAUGGGAUUGCCAGUCUAAUCGAAACCCUUCAGCGGAGACACUUUGACAAGGUUGGGAGCAAACUUGGUCUAUCGCCGUUAUCCCAGAUCAAGGACCCCGUUGUAUCAAAGACAAAGGGGGCACCGAGGAAGGGAAGGAGUUAG